UGUGCGGCAACUUUAGUGAAAGUGAUAAAAUUUCCGACACGCAAGCAACCUAAUUUAAUUCUUGUCACUUACUACUGGUUAAUAGCAGUGAUCAAUCCAUCGCUGGUGAUCAAGCUCUGUGUGUAGUUUUGUAUAGAGAGAGAGCGAAGAUGGUUGUGGAAGAGGGUGGAACGCCGAGAAGCCCAGAGGCGAAGCUGGGGAUGCAGGUGGAGGAUUUGUGGGAUGUGAUGGAGCCGCAGCUGAGCCCCACUGAGAAGCUUAAUGCUUGUUUUGAGAGCAUCCCUGUAUCUUCUUUCCCUUCUGCUCCUUCAUCAGAAUUUAUUGAGAUCAAGUCGGACACAACUGUGGCAGAAGCCGUCAAGUUACUUGCUCGGCACAAAGUUCUUAGUGCUCCGGUGGUGGACUUUGAGGCACCCGAAGACGCUAGUUGGAUUGACAGAUACCUUGGCAUUGUGGAAUUUGCAGGCAUUGUUGUAUGGAUUUUGCAUCAGUCUGAAAAUGUGGAAGGGAGCUCUGUGUUCGAGUCCAUUAUGAAAGCCUCAGAGAGCGACAUUAGCCCUUCUGUUGUUGCAGCAGCGGCUGCUGGGAUGUCUUCUCCGAGAUAUAAAAGUAUCAACCCAGACUCUCCCACAGCAACGUGUGGCAAAUUCUUUGAGACGCUUACUGCUUCGGAUUUGUACAAAAACACGAAGGUUGGGGAUAUAUCAGGGUCUUUCCGUUGGGCUCCGUUCCUUGCUUUGCAGAAAUCCAACUCGUUUUUGACAAUGCUCUUGCUGCUUUCCAAGUACAGAAUGAAGAGCAUUCCGGUAGUUGACCCUGGGGAAGCAAAGAUCGACAACAUAAUCACUCAAAGUGCGGUUAUUCACAUGCUACAAGAGUGUGCUGGCCUCCACUGGUUCGAAAGCUGGGGUUCCAAGAAGCUGUCUGAAUUGGGUCUUCCAUUGAUGAAGGCCAGUAGCAUGAUCAAGGUACACGAGGACGAGCCUGUGCUACAGGCGUUUAAACUUAUGAGACAAAAAGGAGUAGGAGGCGUGCCCGUGGUUGGAAACGAUGGAAAUAAGGCCGUUGGUAAUAUAAGCAUACGAGACAUACAGUUCCUUCUCACUGCACCAAAAAUCUACAAGGACUACAGAUCAAUCACUGCCAAGAACUUCCUGACGGCGGUGAGAAGCUAUUUGGAGGAGCAUCAGAGGGCAUCGCCGCUGCUGAGUGGGAUGGUCACGUGCCGCAGAAGCGACACACUGAAGGAGAUCAUAACGAAGCUGGAUGAUAUGAAGAUCCAUCGCAUCUAUGUGGCGGAUGAAGGUGGGAAUCUCCAAGGAGUCAUCACUCUACGAGACAUCAUCUCCAAACUGGUUCACGAGCCUCGUGGCUACUUUGGCGACUUCUUCGAUGGCGUCUUGCCGCUGCCUGCCAAUAGCAGGGUCUAAAACACAAUAGUGGUAAUGUUUGGAUUAGUGCGAUUGCUCUUGGUUUGCUGAAUAACUGAGUGGACUUGCCUGUUUUGAUGCGAGAGUAAUACCGUAGCUUUUGCUUUCUUGUUUAUUUGUAUAGGGGAGACCUUUAUCUUGAGAAAUGCCAAUAAUGAUUUCUUCUUCUCUCA